AUGGCGCUCUCAAUGGUUCUCGCGCUCGUGGCCUGUCCAGCGAUGCUGGCUACCUCGGAAGCAAUACGACAAGGCCAGAGCAAAGACAGACGGGAAGAGCAUCGAGCACGGAGGUGCAAUCUGGUGGCGACGUGCGUGAAAGCAUCGAGCAGGUCCAAAGAGAUCGAUGGUCGACGGAUCGUUCUGCGAAACAAUAAGCUUUACGUGGACACAGUGGCUACGAAGCUCAACCAGGACGAAGGAUAUGAUGACAACGAACAAGAAGAGAGCGAGAAUGAGACCGAGGGAGGAUCUGGACAUCCGUUCGCGGGCUACUAUCUUCCAUAUCCGGACGCCGCUUACGAGGGUCUCGUGUCCACCGUCUGUGACGAUCCGCCUGUGUUGAACUGGAUCUACGUCGACAGCGACACUUACCAGGUCAAAUAUGGCUUACGGGUCGAGGCGCAACCCAACAUUACUGGGCCUUUCGAUUGUACCCGACAAGACCGCCGCAUGACCCUCGAGGGAUGGGAAGGGUUUGUGGUGGUCGAGGAACCUGAACAACCGGGGACAUGGUCACUCUACUUUGACCGUGACGACAACGGUUUGCGUGGAAAGGUCGCGGGCGGGCGACGAGUGCUGGAAGUCGAACUGUGGAGGAGAGAGAAGCGUUGGAAGAAGGACCCCGAUGUACGGCAACAGGAGCAAGCAAAGCAAACUACUACGUAAAGUGAGCGAGCUGGAGAG